AUGUCAGCACAAACCUUCCACCGCUUCCCAGAUUUACCUUACGAGCUGAGACAUCACGUCUCGGAAGCCAGCUGCUUUGACCGACACGAAGAACGACAUGGUCUCCAUUAUGUCGAUUGCCCUGGCUCGCGUAAGUGCCGAACUCGCAUCGAAUGUCGUGCUGCAAGCGAGACCGAGACAUCUGCUUGUCUGAUGGAUGCCGGUCUCUGGGCCGCGUGCCAAGAGUCGAGACGUGUUAUAAAGAAGCAGAUGCGGCAACAUGGGUUUCUAAGGACUGAUAGAGAAAACAAAAGCCUAUGCCUCAAGGGCCCUGAACCAGCUACGCUGAUUAUAGACGAAAACGAGGACAUGGUCUGCUUCCGGAUUUCCGACUGGUUUAAAGUACAGCAUUGGACGAAGAUGUUCCAUUUUCUCCUUAGCUACGCUGACUCGACUGAGGAAGGUAUGCCUCACAACGUUGCCUUCGAGAUGGAUGGUAGCUGGGAUCACCAGCACUCCAUCUGGCGUGCGAUUCUAAACGGCAUUAGAUUCUACGGCGGUGGCCAUUACCCCCCUUUGUACAAGCAUAUCAUCGACAAGAAAAUUCAUUGGUUUCGCGACUCCAGUACCCUCGAUGACACCUGGGCAGAUUGUAAUAACGAGUUUAUGGUGGUGACAUGGAAAAACCUCUGCCCAUGUAAUCAGAGAGGUAUGGACAGUGGGGCUCUUGUGUUUCUAAUGUAUAUGAGGCGAGGAUAUCAGCCAUACACCAGUGAUGGCUAUCACAGUUGUAUGGGCCUUUACCACACCGCAUAUACAUUGGCGGUGGAUAUCCUUGUUCGACAGGAUAACGAAGUUAUGCCUUGCCAGUCCUGUCAAACACGGGCCAAGAAGGAUCAUGAGCAUAAUUAUCUGCUUGACGGUAUGGAUCUUCCAUUAGCCGAAGAAGACGAGAAAGUCGAGGAGUCCAAGGAGGAAGAGCGUGAAUCGGAGAAGCAGUGA